AUGCACACCGUCUUUCGAAUCGGUGAAAUUCGAAAAAUUGAUAAGAAAAGUCCACUUUAUGAAGUGGAUCUUAAACUUACGUCGGAUGAUGACCAGCAACUUCAUCAAUUAACCGACCGUAUACGAGAAGAAGUCGACGGCGCUGGAUGGUAUCGAAUGGGUAAAUUGUUGCUCAAAAUAAGUCAAUUUAACAAGGCCGAAGAAUUGUACAUGGCACUAUUGGAACAAGCAUCCAACGACAGUGAUAAAGCAUAUAUCUAUCAUAUGCUUGGAAUGAUGAAAAAUGGCAAAGGACAAUAUACAGAAGCUGCUUCAUUUUAUGAAAUGUCUCUCAAAAUUGAACGAAAAACUCUACCAGAAGAUCAUCCUUCAUUGGCUCCUACAUACAGCAACAUCGGUCAAGUGUACAAGAACAUGGGUGACUACUCGAAAGCACUUGAAUUUUACGAAAAAGAUCUCGAGAUCACGAAAAAAGCUCUGCCUCCGAAUCAUCCCGAUUUGGCUAUUUCCUACAACAACAUCGGUCAAGUGUAUAACGCCAUGGGUGACUACUCGAAAGCACUUGAAUUUUACGAAAAAUCACAUAAAAUCUACGAAAAAGCUCUGCCUCCGAAUCACCCUCAUUUGGCUACUUCCUACAGCAGCAUCGGUCAAGUGUAUAGCGCCAUGGGUGACUACUCGAAAGCACUUGAAUUUUACGAAAAAUCACAUCAAAUCUACAAAAAAGCUCUGCCUCCGAAUCAUCCUCAUUUGGCUACUUCCUACAACAACAUCGGUGAAGUGUAUAACAACAUGGGUGACUACUCAAAAGCACUUGAAUUUUACGAAAAAGAUCUCGAAAUCACGAAAAAAGCUCUGCCUCCGAAUCAUCCCGAUUUGGCUACUUCCUACAACAACAUCGGUGGAGUGUAUGACGACAUGGGUGACUACUCGAAAGCACUUGAAUUUUACGAAAAAUCACAUAAAAUCCUCGAAAAAGCUCUGCCUCCGAAUCAUCCCGAUUUGGCUAGUUCCUACAACAACAUCGGUCAAGUGUAUAACAACAUGGGUGACUAUUCAACAGCACUUGAAUAUUCUAAAAAGGACUUUGAAAUUACAAAACAAGUUCUGCCUGAGAAUCAUCCUGAUUUGGCUAUUACAUACAACUGGUUCGGAAAGAUUUAUCGCAGUAUGAAAGAUUAUUCAAAAGCACUUGAUAAUUUCGAAAAAUGUCUCUCAAUACGUCAGAAAGCCUUGCCUGACAAUCAUCCAGAUCGAGCUACUACAUACAGUGAUAUUGGUGAUGUUCAUCGAUUAAUGGGUAAUUAUGAAAAGGCACUUGUAUUUCAUCAAAAAGCAUUAAAUAUUCAAGAAAAUGUUCAAUGUAAUCCUCUGGAAUGUGCAACGACAUAUAUAAAUUUAGGUGAAACUUAUCGUGAAAUGAAAGAUUAUUCAACGGCAUUGAAAUACUUCGAAAAAGGAUUAGAAAUACGUGAAAAGAAAUUACCAAAAAAUCAUCCUGAUUUAGCUGUUGUAUAUCAUAAUAUGGCAAAAUUAUAUUUGGCUACACGAAAAUAUAGUAUGGCAAUGAAAAAUAUUCAACAAGCAGUUGAAAUAGCUCAAGAAAAAUUACCUUCAACUCAUCCUCAUCUUUUGGAAUAUAAAGAAACAUUUGAAAAAAUUCGAAAGAAAAUGUAA